UUCCCCUUUUCUUCUUCCUCUUUAUACUUUUCUCUUCAUUGUAUUAUUAUCAUUGUCAUGUAUAUUUCAUCCUUAGCUGUUCUUGCUCUUGCUACUGUCUCUGUAAGCGCACAACAGCUCUGUAACGGCUAUGCCGAGUUUUGCAAUAAACAUUAUAAUUCAUUGACUUAUCUCUUGACACACAAUGCUUAUGGUUAUGUUGCUAAUCCAGCUUCGAAUCAAGCGUGUCCUAUUCCCACUCAACUCACUGAUGGUGUCCGAGGUCUCAAGUUGUCUGCUAUCAGAUCAUCAAAUGCAACUACAGCAGGCACGGAUGCCAAUAGCAUCCAACUGUGUCACACAUCAUGUACUAUCUUAAAUGGAGGUUCGGCCGUGGAUACGCUCACUAAAAUCACAGAAUGGGUCAAAGCAAAUCCCAAUGAAGUCGUCACUAUUAUGUGGAACAAUUUGGGCAACUUCACUCCAACUGCUUUUGAAGCUGCCUAUAAUGCAAGUGGUCUGACAGACUAUGUUCAUACGCAAGCCUAUGGUAACUUGACAUGGCCAACACUAGGCGAAAUGAUUAGCAGUGGCAAACGGGUUGUAAAUUUCGUAGAUGAAGGCACAGAUACACAUCAAGUUGCUUGGCUAUUACCAGAAUGGGACUUUUGUUUUGAAACACCUUACAACAAUAAGAACGAAUCUUCUUUUAGUUGUACCAUUGAUAGACCUACUGAACCCAACGAUCCUACUGAAUCCUUAUAUAUAAUGAAUCACUUUUUGUAUGGUACAUUGAGACUUGGUGCACUCGAGAUUGAAAUUCCUCAAAAAGGCACAGCCAAUGUUACCAAUGGUAACUCUUCUCUUCUUGCACAAGCUCAACAGUGUAAAUCUACUUUUGGCCGUCAACCCACCUUUUUAGAGAUCGACUUUUAUAACAAGGGAAACACGCUCGAGAUUGCUGCCGCAUUAAACAAUGUGAGUUACACAAGACCUUCUCAACUUCAAUGUGAUGUCUAUGAAGCCACUGCUUCUACAGGCGGAUCAGGAAGCUCUUCCGAUGCCAGUACUUUGAUGUAUAGUUCCACUGUCCUACUAUCUUUAGUAGCAACUGUAUUUUUUACUUGUUUAUAGAUUCUUGUACUUCUAUUUUUAAAUGUGAACAGUCCAUGUGGGCGCGUAAAUAAAUAAACCAUUUUUUUAGAUUAAAAAAAA